AUGGAAUCAGCACUACCAGAUUACCAGCACCGAAGAUACAACCCCCUGUCAGAUGAGUGGGUGCUUGUUUGCCCACACCGCAUGAAUAGGCCUUGGCAGGGUCACAUUGAACAGCAAACACCUGACGCCAAAUCCUCUCUCAUUAGUCUUGAUAACCCGUUAAAACCUGGCGGCAAAAGGCCAAACGGAAUUUGUUAUGUAGAGAGAAAGUUCUCCAAGAUGACGACUUAUUCAAAUGUGAAAUCGCAGAGGGAAAGUGUUUCGUUAUGUGCUUUCAUCCUGAUUCAACCGUCACCUUGGCUACUAUGACGUGUUCAGAGAUUGCUGCAGUUAUCAAAAAACUCGCUGAACUUUGCCUGGAACUGCAACAAAAAUAUGAGUGGAUUCAGGUUUUUGAAAAUAAAGGAGCAAUUAUGGGUUGUUCAAAUCCACACCCUCACUGUCAGAUAUGGGCAAGUUCUUUUCUGCCAACUGAACCGAGCAAAAAAGAUGAAAUGCAGAAAGAGUAUUUUAAGAAGCACAAGCGAAUUCUGCUGAUGGAUUACACAAAGAGGGAAUUAAACUAUCAGGUUAGAGUUGUCGUUGAGUCUGAAAAGUGGGCUUGUUUGGUACCAUUUUGGGCAGUGUGGCCAUUCGAAACUUAUUUGAUACCGAAAAGGCACUGCUUGAGAUUACAGAAUUUGGAUGAUGAGGAAAUUGAAGAUUUGGCGUCGAUGUUGAAAAAGUUGCUUUGCAAGUAUGACAAUCUUUUUCAAACAUCUUUUCCCUACAGCAUGGGAUGGCAUGGUGCACCAUCUGGAAAAUACCUGAAUAAAAAAAAUGACGACGGUGAAGAUGCAUGUUUUUACUGGCAAUUGCACGCUACCUUCCUACCUCCAUUGCUCAGAUCAUCAACAGUGAAAAAAUUCAUGGUCGGUUAUGAGAUGUUGGCUGAAGCACAAAGAGAUCUCACACCGGAGAAGGCUGCUGACAUUCUGCGAAACCUGUCAACAAUUCAUUAUAAAGAUCAGUAAAUGAACAUUUUCUUGAUUUGAACUUUGUUUUAAAAAGUUAUCAUUGUUUCUUCAAAAAAUAAAUUACAAAUUUAGCGUAUUUAAAUAUUACCUUACAUUCAUUAAAAUUCAACUUUGAUUUGAUUAGUUAGAACAAGAUUCAUCAUGAUCAAUUUAUUGAUUAGAAUAAAUGUGCAAUACCGUG